GCACCAUAGUCACGGAACCACAAAACCAUCAGCAAUAAAAGCGUAAAAUAUUAAACGUAGUUACCUUUCUUCAAGCAUAAGCUUUACUACUUCUCAAUCCCCACAUCGACGUGUAGAUUAACCCCAAAACAAUCCGCGAAUUUUUCUCUUUUCCUUGAGCUGCAAUCUCGUUCUCGAAGCUCCUUGACACGGACAGUUCCCAGAUUCACAAGGAUGAGGCAUGCAAAGGAAGAGCCAUCGUGUAGUGCUGCACAGGCCAUUAACUUAGUUUCCGCGGUGAAGGAGUUACAUGGGCUUAGCUCUCAGGAACUUAAUAAAUUAUUGAGGGAUUCAGAAAAUUUUACUAUUCACUACCCUACGGAAAAAGGAUCACUGAUAAAGAUUGAUAUGGACAAGCUUGCAGCCUUUCUUCCUUUGCACCUUCUUGGAGUUCUUAUGUCAUCUGACAGAGAUGCAGCUCUGUUCAGCUACAUGUUGCGUGGUAUUCGGCUCUUGCAUUCCUUAUGUGAUUUAGCACCUCGGCAUGCUAAAGUUGAGCAGAUUUUGCUAGAUGAUGUAAAAGUGUUGGAACAGCUGCUGGACCUGGUGUUUUAUUUACUUAUCAUUCUUGGUGGUUAUAGACAGGAAAACCAUAACUUCGGUAAUAUUCCCCUUAGCCUUGCGCAUUCAGCACUCUUGACCAGCAGUCUAUAUCUGUUACCAGGAUGCAUAUCUUCACAGUGGCAAGAUCUUGUUCAUGUAUUGCUUGCACACCCUAAGGUUGACAUGUUUAUGGAUGCAGCUUUUGGAGCAGUUCACACAGCCAUUGGGUUUCUUGAGAUCAAGCUAUCAGCCCACCAUGCUGAUUUCUCUACAAAUUCAAAUCUGACUGCUGAACAAGUAGUAAACUAUUUAUGCCAGCAAUGUGAGGCUUCUUUACAGUUUCUUCAGUCAUUGUGCCAACAAAAGAUGUUUCGGGAGCGCCUACUCAGGAAUAAGGAGCUAUGUGGAAAGGGUGGGGUUCUAUUUCUAGCUCGAGCCAUCUUGAAGUUAGAUGUACUACCUUUUACAGGUUCCCCCAGAGUUGUGGCUGCUCUCUCUAGGAUGAAAGCUAAAGUCCUAUCAAUUCUGUUGAGUCUGUGUGAAGCAGAAAGCAUUUCAUACCUGGAUGAAGUUGCCAGCUCGCCGGAAAGCCUGGAUUUGGCAAAAUCUGUAGCAUUAGAGGUUCUUGGGCUCUUGAAGACUGCACUUGGUAGAGACCCUGAGCAUCUUACUUCUUGUUCUGGCAGAAGUUACCCAAUGGGGUUUUUGCAACUCAAUGCUAUGCGUCUUGCUGAUAUCUUCUCUGAUGAUUCUAAUUUUCGAUCUUACGUUACAAUACACUUUACUAAAGUUCUGACCGCAAUAUUUUCACUCCCUCAUGGAGAUUUUUUAUCUAGCUGGUGUUCGUCUAAUCUCCCAUUGAGGGAAGAAGAUGCUAGUGUUGAGUAUGAUUCAUUUACAGCAACUGGAUGGCUUUUGGAUAAACAUUCAUCGUUGGGCCUACCAAAUGGAACAAAUUUUGAAUUUACUUUAAAUCCGAAUAGCAUGCCCCAGGGUUCAUAUGAACAUCAGAGAACAUCGUUGUUUGUCAAAGUAAUCGCAAAUCUUCAUUGUUUUGUUCCCAACAUCUGUGAAGAGCAGGAGAGGAACCUCUUCCUUCUCAAUUUUUUGGAGUGCUUGCAAAUAGACCUAUCUAAAUCAUUGCCUGGAUUUUCCAUUAGUCCUGAUGCUCCAAAAGCUGCGACUGUUUGCAGGAACCUCCGUUCAUUGUUAAGCCAUGCAGAAUCUUUAAUUCCUAACUUCUUGAAUGAGGAGGAUGUCCAGCUCUUAAGGGUAUUCUUUAACCAGUUACAAUCAGUAAUCACUUCUGGUGAAUUAGAAGAAAAUCGAGAUCAAGAUAACAAGUUUGAGGAGUCAACAUCUUGGGAUAAGUUUUCCAAAUUCAACAUCAGUGAAAAUCAUCAGGAGGCUCAGAGUACAGGGGGAUUCUCGUCACCUUUACCGAGAAAAGAACCUCCAAGAUCUAAUAACAGAAGAAGUAACUUAAAGGAGGAAAUGUCGGAGAAUUCUGCUUUUCAAGAAGUGGAGCAUUUUUAUGUCAAAAGUGAUCAUAAGGAUCAAGGUGAUUAUGUAAUGAGGCAAGAUAGGAGGGAAGAUAAAGGUAUAUCUGGUAAGUGUGUGUCUGGAGGCUUGAGAGAGGUCGAUAGAGAUGUUCAGAAUGUUGAAACAAGUGGUUCAGAUACAAGCUCUUCAAGAGGAAAAAAUGCUACUGAUCAAAAGGAAAAUGGUGAGUUUUCAAAAUUCAACAAGCAGAUCAAAGAGAGUGGAUUUGGAGGAAAGCCAGAGGAUGAAAAGGUUAGAAUAGUUCAGUGUGAAGAAAAGCAGCGGAAAAAACGGAAGCGAACUAUAAUGAAUGAUAAACAGAUAACACUAAUGGAGAGGGCCCUCUUGGAUGAACCUGAUAUGCAGCGAAAUGCAGCUUCAAUACAAUUAUGGGCUGAUAAAUUAAGUCUUUAUGGUUCUGAAGUAACAUCUUCGCAGCUAAAAAAUUGGCUUAACAAUCGAAAAGCCAGGCUGGCCCGCUCAGCUAAAGAUGCUCAUGCAACAUCAGACAUCGACGUUGCCCUCCCAGACAAGCAAGGAGGGCCAGGACCAGUGUCCGGUGACUCGCUGGUUCCAUGUGAAGACACUAAUCUCCCAUUGAAUGAGAGAAGAGACCCUCAAAGCAUGUCGAGAACCGGCAGUGGCGAGAAGGCUGAGGCUUCCCUGGCAGAAUUUGUUGAUAUUGGCCCUGCAGAAUUUGUUCAGUGCAGGCCGGGCCAGUAUGUUGUGCUUGUAGAUGUCCAAGGAGAGGAGAUAGCCAAGGGAAAGGUGAAUCAGGUUCAUGGAAAAUGGUAUGGAAGGAGUCUGGAGGAAUUAGAGACGUGUGUUGUGGAUGUUAAUGAGCUUAAGGCUGAGAGAGGGGCGAAACUUCCAUACCCGUCUGAAGCCACCGGCACCUCAUUUGAUGAGGCUGAAACAAAAUUUGGGGUAAUGAGAGUAUUGUGGGAUGCUAACAGAAUUUUCAUGUUGCGGCCUGAAUGAAAGCAACUGAUGCUUGAUUGAAUGAUUGGCUGCAGUUUUUGUUGCCUGAAAUUUAUUAAUUUUUACACA